AUGUAUCCCUCUCGCCCGCCAUCCUCGGACAUGUCGAGCUGGGAGCGGAUGCGUAAAACCUGCGAUGCCUGCCAGGAGGCCAAAGUGAAGUGCAGCCAGACCAAGCCGUCCUGCCACCGCUGCAUCCGACACGGCCAACCAUGUAUCUACAGCCCGCACCGCCGUACCGGACGCCCGCGCAAGAAGGCUGGCAGGAGAGCUGCAGACGCAGAGGGCCCUGUAGCAGAGCAGGCUGUGCUCGAAUCCAGGGCAGCCGGAACGUCGGGGGCCAACGGAGUGCUCGAACUCCUCAGCACCCCGGAAUAUCUAGUCGCGGGGACGGGGGAAAAUAAAGGCGACCUGGCUCAUGACGUCUUCCCAUCGCUAGAGUCCCUUCUAGACAUCUCAGCGUUCGAAAAGGAGCCAGGAUCGCGAGGCACACCCAAUCAUCAGAGCGAGAGCCGGGAAGGAAGCCAGCAGAACAGCUAUCCUGCAGCCUCACUCUCGGAUACCAUGAACGACCAGCUCAUCUUCGAGCACGACCUGUCCUUCGCUCUGCCUUCUCCGGCCCUCAACGUGGAUGAGCAUCCACAGCACAGCGUCCAAGCCCCCGGCACAGCUACUCCUAGUGCAGACGGAGACUGUGGCGGCAGAUGCUACACGGUGCUACUUCAGCAGCUAUCGUUCUUACACCGGUCGCUCCCUGACUAUAGCCGGCCGCCAAUCGAUGCCAUCCUCCUCGUUGAACAAAACAUAUGCAGUAACAUCGCAGAGAUGCUCCUACAGUGUCCUACCUGUGCUGGCAACCGCUCUGCGGUCCUUCUACUAUCUACCAUCAUCGAACGAGUCGUCCAAAUGCUCAACUGGAUUAUCGAAAAGAAGACCCUAACGGACUCUAAUAAUGCACGCUUAAGCCGGCUAGCAUUGAGCUCCUGGGCCCAAAAUCCAUCAGUACCGCCCCCAGCAGACAGCUUCCAACGAACCUUCUGCCACGUUCCACUGAUGGUGGGACAGGUAGAGCUGGAUGCAAAGACUAAACAGGUCUUUCUGAAGCCCCUGAUGAUCCUCAGGAUAAAAAAGCUGGCGGUUAAGCUACAAGAGCUACGCCAGAUAACUAUAAGCAGCCCUCGUGACAGCCUCUUCCGUGCUGCGGAGCUAAUAUUAAUCGACUGCCAGCGACGGUUGGCCUACCUUCGAGGUCAGGCCCAAAUAUGGGAGUAG